GUAUAUUUGAACGAUGUGCGUGUAUGGCAAUUAAAACGGUUACAUUUACGAAGAAAGAGUUUGAAAUCAGUCCGUGUUGCAUGCAUCGCGCGUUAUCAGAUAAAUGUGACAGUUAAUCAUUACGUGAAGAUCAACAUACGUGUCAUAAGUUCAGUAAAUGUGAAAAACAAGAAGAAGAAGAAGCCGAAAAAGUUACAAUCGAGCGUCGAGGAUGAGUCGUUAAUGAAAAUGAAAGGAAAACUGAAAUGAGAACAAAUUGUUGGUGAAAAUUCAAACGUGAUAUUACGCUCAAUUUCGCUUUCAUUUUUGUGCAAAUAAAUCAUUGAGUGUGAAAAAUAAAAAAAAAUACAAAAAAAAAGUGAGAGAGAUUACGUGCAAAAGAGAAAAAAAAUAGUAGAGAAAAAUUUCGUUAUUGAAUGAACCGAAAUGUUGUAUUUUUAUCGCUUUUUUGACUACAUACUAUGAUCGAUUUGAUCAACAAGUUUUGGCGAAUGCAAGCAAGUAUGACAAUCAUCGGAAUAUUGUGAAGAGAAAAGAAAAACUUUGCAUUAAAAACAAGAGAACUUUGAAAAAAGAGACAGAACGCGUGCUGCAUUUUUGCAUCCAUAAAAAAACAAACCAAAAAAGCCACACUUUCAUUUUAAACAUUCUACAUCAGUGAAGCAAGCGUCUGUAAAAAAAUUUUCUCUCUAUCAAAUGGUUAAGAGUGAGAUUGACACUUCGUAUUGAAAAUUUGUGAUGGGCUACCGUUUGGUAUUGCAUUCGCAUAGCAAAGAAAACGUUGACCGCUGUUCGUCGUUUUCAUUCGAAUAAAAAUCAAAUCGAAUCUUGAUCGGAUACCAAACGCAUUAUUGGUUUACAUCAAUUGUAUAUGCGUGUGAGUGUGUCCUUCAUCUCUGCACGCAUCGUGUGUUUGCCGUUGAACAGUUUGUCGGCUGCGCUCCAGUAAAUUCUCUGGCAUCAAUGGACUCAUCACCGUCAAAUUCCAGUUUCUUGCUUCGAAAAUCAUAUUUAAACAGUGAUGUGAUUGGCGACUUCAGUACAACUUCAAUAGCUGGCUCCAUACAGGACGAUAAUAUUGCGGUGAGCCAUCCGGGUACAUUAACUCAAGCUGUUUUGGAACUUGAGGAAUAUAGCCGCUUACAAUACAUUCACCAUCAGAAGCAAUCAUCGUAUGCACAAUCGGAAGGCUAUCACAGCUACGUAUCAAGCACUGAUUCAACAUCAGCAACACCAUUUCUCGAUCGACUGCGUCAAGAAAGUGAAUUAUUGUCAAGAUCAUCGUCGCAACAUUGGUCGCAGUCCGAUUUGCAAUCGUACGCCUCCACAACAAACAUAGCAACCGAUAAUGAUGCAGCUUUUGUGCAAUGCUCGGACAGUUUAUCAUCGACGGAAACACUAAAAUGGUUGGGUUCAAUGAGCGACAUAUCUUCAUCAAGUCAUGCAACAAAUACUUCGCAUAUUUCGGCUUCAGGUUCAACAUCACAAUUAAUUGCGCAUAGUUCCAGAGUGAGAACACCAAAACGACAUAAUUCUGAAAGUGUUUUAUACAUGAGCGAUGAUCAGAUAAAUUCAAACGUAUCGAAUAAUAUUAAAAAAUCACCACAAACCGAACAAUCAAAUCGAAAUAAUCAUAGAUUGUUUCCGGUAAGUACGUACACGGAGACAAAUACAUCGCCCAAUUCGAAGAGCCCACAAAACCAUCAACUAUCCGAUAAACAGAUAAUUAGAUCACCCAGCAGCGGUAACGGUCAAAAUUGGCAAUCGGUUGCUGAUCGAAUAAACGAGCUUGAGCGACAAAAUCAAAACAACAAUAUUAAUAAUAAAAUCAUUGCAAAUAACCAAAAAUAUACGUAUCUUGAUCCGGCUAAAACGACACGCUUACCAAAUAUGACAUUAAAAGCAUUUCAAAAGAAUGCCGUUCAAUCCUACUUCGAACGACAGCAGCAGCAACAACAACAACAACAGCAACAGCAGCAACAACAACAGCAUCAGCAACAGCAUCAACAGCAGAACCAUCAACAGCAACAAAUCUCACCCAUCAAAGAGCCAAUUAUAAGUCAGCCAACGACAAAACAAAGAACCGGCCAAACAAAAAAUGGCAACAUAGUGCACGAUAGUAAUAUAAAAUUGGCCACAGCUGUGCAUAGCAAUGGUUUAAAUUCAAAUGGCGCAACUGUGAUAAGACCACAAUCAUUACCUGUGAAUAAAGUCAGCAGCACAUCAUUGGAAUCGAUAUCACCACAAACCCGGCUUUCGUUGCCCAACAAACUAUCCCAAAUUAUCAAUUUAACAACACAUUUGGCAGCGCAAAAGCAAGCAGCAAAUGGUAAUGUUAGUUUAGUGGAACGAAAAAGUGAUAGAAUCCCAGCAUCUCGAUUGAGUAAGUCAACCGGUAGUUCACCAGCAAAGCAAACAACACCAACACGAUUGAAUGCAGUGAUAAGUGUUGACAAAAAUAAUUUACAAAGCAUCAACGAGUCAGGUGUGCCUGUUCCACCGCCACCACCACGAAGAACAAGUCGCUCUGUGAUGCCGGUUAGAAGAACGUCAUCAGCGGCUGAAUAUUCAGCAUAUCGUGACCAAAAUAUACUCAAACAGCAUUUUUCAAAUGAUUUACGCGGUCCAGUUGUAAUGGGUCCAAUUAUAUCAUUGGAUGAAUGGAUUCCAGAGCGGCCACCAAAAAAUCCAUUGCUACGUGUUCCUAGUCCUGAUUUGCCACCACCACCAUCACCAUUAGCAAACAACAAUGAAAUUCUCGAUGAUCCAUUUCCACCGCCACCACCGCCCGAAUUGCUGCGAAAUAUGCGACAAACAUUGUCUACAUCGUCGACAUCCGUGUCGGAGCCCGAAAAUAAAUUGAAUACAGCCAACCGACGAAAUAGUUUUGCCGGUUCGUCAACUACACGCAAACCAUUUGUCAAAGGAAAUAAUUUUGAUAAUAUAUCGCCACCAUUGUUGCCACGAAAACAAAAUUCAAUGGACCUAUUCAAUCCGCGACCAUUCUCAAGUAUGCGACAACCACACGGUUUUCAAGUAAAAAAAUCCGUUGUACAAUCACCGCAACAUGCUGUCAAAACGAAUAAAGUGAUUAUGAAUGGUCGAUUAGAAUGGCCCAAUUCAAAUGGCACACCGGUCAAUAAUAAUACAUCAUCAUCUGGUAGUGCAGUUUCAUCACCAUCACAAUCCAUUCACAAUCGUACGCCACCAUCAUCGAAUGACAGUCGACUAUCGAUGCGGAAACGCACUCAUAAUGCUUCGUUGGCACUGGCGUCGUCGCCCGAUGAUAAUAAUCGCAUUCGGAGUAACUCGAAAGCAUCGUAUUUGCCACGGCAAUCACACGAAAAAUUAACAUCCGAUCCAGAUCAUGGCAGUUACAAAUUAACGUUAAACUCAAACGAAGAUUGUAUACAUUUGCCGCACUACAAUGGUCAAUUGCAUUCGACAAAAAUCAAUAAUUUACCAGACGUUUUACCGUUAGGUGUUAAAAUAAAAAGUGUUUCAUCGACACGAUACGGUUCUAAUACGACCCUAAGCAAUGGCAACGGUGAUGUUACAAACGGUGUGAUAAAUAAUGAGAAAUUAAACCAUCACCAUCUUCAGCAGCAGCAGCAGCAGCAUCAACAACAACAGCAGCAACAGCAACAGCAGCAGCAUCAGCAGCAGCAACACCAUCAUCAUCAUCACAGUAUUAACAGUUAUGCAAAUGGUAAAAUGAAUGCCAUGAUGAAUUCAACCAAAUACAUUUCGCAAUCGACAAUUGAUUUAAAGCGUGCCCAUCAUUUAUACAACAAUAAUGUUUGUACACGAAUUACGAACACUGAAUCGAUGGGGAAUUUGCUCGAUUGCUCCAAUUAUCGACAAUCAUCGCCACCGAAUUUACAGCAAAUGGUAUCGCAUACAAAUGAACAACAACAUCACCGUGCCCAAAUAACCACCACAAAUCUAACGGUUGCACAACAUAAUGCAAUGAAUACAAAUGGUUUGGUGCAACCAAUACCAAUGCAAUCGUCACACAACGAUAAAGAAAAACUGAUACGGUGCAACAAUAUUAUGGAUUCAUUGCUUACGGCACGUGAUCAAGAUGCAAAAAUCAGUCAAUUGCAAAGUAAAUUAUUGUCAUCGCAACGUAUUCAUCAUGCAAAUAUUGCCGAAAUAAAUGAUGAAGAUGCGUUCAUUGAUUGCCUUAGCACCGAUGAUUCAUCGAGCGUAUCACAAUUGUCAUCCGAAUCAAUAUCGUCUGUUGAAUUGAACGGUAUUGGCAACGGUCAAAGUUACAAAGAAUCAUCAUCAUCAUCGUCGUCGUCAUCGUCAUUGCCAUCAUCACCAAUUCAUAAGAAUGACAUCGUCACAAAAUCAAUAAUCGACACGACCAAGGAUGAUUUCAUGCAUAAUGGUAAUGAUGUAAACAGUCAGUUAACUGAUAGUGUGACGUCAAUCAAAUUAAAUGAAACGAUCACAUUAGAAGUUGGAUCUCAAACAGACGAAAGCAUUUUAGACGAUAGCAUUAGCUUUGUUACUGCAAAUGGCAACGAUUCGAUUCACACAACACCAACAAAAUUCAAAACCGAAAUUAUUACACGAACCAGAUUUGCCGAUGAAUUUGAUUGUAAACAGCUCACCGAAUCGCUUGUUGAACAAUUAUCACCAAACGAUCGUCUACGGAAUAUUCUAGCCCCAAAAGUAUACAAAUCGACCAGCGAUUAUGUGACUUGCUUAUAUAAUCCGAAAAUGGCGUCACGAUGUACCAAGAAAGAUGCGGGUACUUCGAUGCAUCGUGAACAACCUUUGGAUCUAACUGAAAACACACCUUUGAAUGGAUGUUCUUUCUCCUUAAACGAUUCAAAUCAUCAUCCAUUCUCGCGUCAAGUGAAUGGAAGUCGAUUCAAUCGCGAUGUACAAUUGAUAAAUGGUGAUGUAUGCGAUUUAACCAAACGAAAAGAAGAGCUUGUGAUUCGUUUAACCAAACAAUUAGUCGCAUUGACAAACGAUCGUAGCAUAAUUAACGAUCAAAAUACAACAAACGACUUGCUCGGCACUGACAUUUCCAGUAUUGUUGCACAAAAAGUGCGACCCAGCGAAGCUAGCAAAUUUCGUUCGCACGUUGAUGAUGUUGGCCAUAUUACGAUGCUUUUACUUUCAUUGUCUGGUCGAUUGGCUCGCAUUGAAAAUAGCUUAUUCAGUACAACAGAUGUAACGGAAAAGAAAACGUUGGAGGCCAAACGAGUACGUUUAUUAGAGCAAUUGGAUGAAGCGAAACGCCUUAAAAUUGAUAUCGAUCGACGCGGAAAAAUAAUCGCACAAAUCUUGGAAAAAACACUUUCGCCCGAAGAGUAUGCCGAUUACGAUUAUUUCAUCAAUUCGAAAGCAAAAUUGAUUGUUGAUUUGCGUGAGAUCACCGAUCGCAUCCAAUUGAUCGAAGAAAAAUUAAACGCACUGAAAGAGACCCUCAUUCACAGCGAAUGCUGAUUAAUUAAUUUUGAGUAGAAAAUAUUGACCAUUGAUGAUUCUUGACUUAAUGUUUAAGAUUUCGCAAAUCGUGUGAUGAAGUACUGCAAAAACAAAAUGAUAAUGAAAAUUAAAAAAUAAACAAUUUAUUGUUAAGCAUUUAAUUAAAUGAAGAAUGAGAAAGAUAGAAUGAAGAAAGAAAGAAAAAACAUUGUGGAAGUGAUCAAAUUGUAAUGCGAGUUUAUAGCAUGUAAUGUUCUCGACAACUAUUUGUUGUGCCUUUUUAUAUAAAUUUUAGUUUUUUUUGUAUAUUGUAUACUUUGCUUAUUACACUAUAUUAUUUACAUAUAUACACAUCGCAGCUAAGUAGUAGUAAUGUUAAAAAAAAUUGUGAGAAAAUGAUAGAGAGAAGAACAAAAAGAAAAAAAAACAAAAAAAAACUAUCAUACAAAAAAGUUUGCAACUAAUCCUUUAGGGUAAUUCUCGCUUUUGUUUGGUUUAAAAGGCUUUAAAUUGCUUGAAAUGUCAAAGAUUCAAUGUUUGCUUUUCUUUAAAUUGGCUUCUAAAUUCGAAAUUUCAUUUCCAAUUCGUGGUCGACCCAAUUACAUUUAAAACGCUUGCGUGUUUUUUUUUCAAGUUCGACAUUAACCCGCACAUUCAUGCCAAAUUCCGUGUAUCUGUAAUAUAAUGUCACAUAUAUAUUAUUAUUUUUUGGUUAUCUACCAAUUGGCUGGAAAUUGUAUCCAAUUACGAAAUUUUUCAACGUAUUUUUGUGCCUCAGCCCAUAUAUAUUCUAAGUCACUGAAAACGAAAUUUUUAGUGCAAUAUGUGUGCGUGUCUGUACAAAAAUCCGUUUCGAAAUUCAACGAAACUAUUUUAACUUGAAACUAAAUUUGGUUUAAAUGGGAUCACUUUGUUGUUUCGAAAGAUUCAUUGGUCCCAUUCGAAUCGGUUGCACACACACAUACACACCGUCAACCUUCUCAUUCACUCGUGUGUGCUUCGACAUUUUCCUAUUUCAUUUAUUUCAAUGGUUUAUUGUUGAAAUGAUUUUGAGAUGGGCAAAAUGGACCGGUCCGAUUCAUGCAAAAUUCAAAGAAAGAUACAAAACACAGCUUAUUCUUUAAUCGAACAAAUUUUUUUCGCAAUGAAUUUCAGUUUUUCAUUUUCAUAAAUAUACAAAAUGGUUGACUCUCAAUUCUCAAAAGGGGUCACCGCUUUUUUUUAUCCACUAAAAUCCGUCAAAACAAUUUGGAAUGCAUUGAAUUUACAAGUCAAUCGAAUGAAAGCAUUUUAAAGAAUUGUAGCGUGGCCAGCAUUCAACCAAUUGAACAUUGUGAAGCAUUCAUAGUUUAAUUAUUGCUUGAGCCAUUACUCUUGAUUGUAAAUUAUUCGGAUUUAAACAUUUUUUUAUUUCAUGCGUAUACUAUAAAAUUAAUCAAUUUUAUGUUUAUGUGAUUUGUCUUCGCUAUGAAAUAAACUCUUGAUUUACUUUUAAUUAUUAGCAAACUUUAUUUUAUUUAACAUUAUAGUUUUUGUAGUUUUUAGACCAAUUUCGCACAAAAAUAAAUAAUUA